AUGGACCAUGCCGCUACGAUCAAGACCUCUCAUGGCGAGUUUCCCAGCCUUACGACUAAUAGGCCCUCCACGGACACACACGUAGGCUGGCGACCGACUAUGACAGAACACAGACUACCCACGGCAAUCAAUCCCGGUGAUAUGGUGCACUGGCAGUUCAACGCCACAAAAGACGCCCGAAACUAUGGCCUCACUGCCUCCCAAUGCGCGGCCGCGUUUGCUGAGCUCUUCAGCGAAACCGACCGCGCCGUUGCACACAGGCAGAAGAUCGGAAGUGUCACCCCUGCCGAUAUUAACUUGGAGUGGAAGAAAGACGAUGCAGUGAGGGCUCUUGUCUAUGACCGGCAGCUGUACAUUCUUGAAGCCAAGUUUUCCGGCUCAGGCUUCGGCGCCACUCGUGCUCUCGCCGUCCUCCACGCUCUCAACCGCGCCAUUACUGCAAUCGCCCCCUCCGAGCUCAUCCCAGAUGUCGAAUUUUCCUUCUCCGUCUCCGACAUUGCCGAUGCCUCCCACGCUGAUCAUACUAUCUGGGCGCUCUCCCGCCUAACCUCCGACGAAGCGACAUGGCUGAUGCCUGAUUUCGGAUACUGGUCGUGGCCGCUCGAGCUCGUUGGCAGCUACAGCCAGAUCCGCGCUGAGAUCAUGGAGAACGAGGUUGAUUGGGACAAGAAGACGCCAAAGGCGGUAUGGCGCGGAGCGGCGAAGACGAACAAGCUGAGGGCGGAUCUUUUGGAGGCCACGAGGGGCCAGAGCUGGGCGGAUGUACAGGAGGUGUUCUGGAACAACAGCACGGAUUUGCGCGCUGAAUCUGCGGCUACGGCACUCUCGAUGGCGGAGCAUUGCGCGUAUCAGUUCGUCAUACAGACAGAGGGACGCAGCUUCUCCGGCCGCGGGAAGUACCUCUUGAACUGCCGUUCUGUUUUCGUCAUGCACAAGCGCGAAUGGAUCGAGCCGUACCAUGGACUGCUUGUCCCAUCAGGACCGGAGCAGCACUAUGUUGAAGUCGAACGCGACUUCUCCGAUCUUGACUCGAAGAUGCUAGAACUCUUAGCGGAUCCAACAAGAGCAAGACGAAUAGCAGAUCGCAGCGCAAAUGUAUUCCGAGACAGGUUUUUGUCGCCGGCGGCGCAGGCUUGCUAUUGGAGGCGCAUGAUUGAGUCGUGGGCGACAGUCAGCUUUGUGCCGGAGGGCUGGGAAGUUGUUCGAACGAAGGGGAAGGAGAUGAGGAAGUUGCGAGGCGUGCCAUUUGAGAGCUUUGCGUAG